UCGAGGUCAAGUCCACGCAGCGCAUCAGCUCAGAACAUCUAUCCCCUGUGCGAAACCAAAUAACGGGGCGUUGGGCAGCCUUACAAGAACACGGCGACCUAAACUUUAUUCUGUGCGCUUUGUCACUCGCGUCAGACUUUUAAAAACCCGCUGAUCUUUGUUCGAAUAGCAAUAUGAACGGGCAGAUGAACGGUUUCCACAACUCCAUCAUCGAGGAGGACUGUUUUCUGUUCACGUCCGAGUCUGUCGGUGAAGGACACCCAGAUAAGAUUUGCGACCAGAUCAGUGAUGCUGUGUUAGAUGCCCAUCUCAAGCAGGACCCUGAUGCUAAGGUCGCAUGUGAAACUGUUGCUAAGACUGGGAUGAUCUUGCUGGCUGGUGAGGUGACCUCUCACGCUUGUGUGGACUACCAGAAGGUUGUCAGAGACACAAUCAAGCAUAUCGGUUAUGAUGACUCAUCCAAAGGAUUUGACUACAAGACCUGCAAUGUGCUUGUGGCCCUGGAGCAACAGUCCCCUGACAUUGCCCAGGGCGUGCACCUUGACCGGAACGAGGAGGAUAUUGGGGCUGGAGACCAGGGACUGAUGUUUGGCUAUGCAACUGAUGAGACAGACGAGUGCAUGCCCCUCACCAUCGUUCUGGCCCACAAGCUGAAUGCUAAAAUGGCAGAGCUGCGCCGUAAUGGAACUCUACCUUGGCUGAGGCCUGACUCUAAGACCCAGGUGACUGUUCAGUACCGUCAGGACCGUGGAGCCAUGCUACCUGUGCGAGUUCACACAGUUGUGGUGUCUGUGCAGCAUGAUGAGGGUGUAUGUCUGGAUGAGAUGAGGGAUGCACUGAAGGAGAAGGUGGUGAAGGCUGUGGUGCCCAGUGUCUACCUGGAUGAUGACACCAUUUACCACCUGCAGCCUAGUGGACGCUUUGUUAUUGGUGGCCCUCAGGGUGAUGCAGGUCUGACUGGGCGCAAGAUCAUUGUGGACACGUAUGGAGGCUGGGGUGCCCAUGGUGGUGGGGCUUUCUCGGGGAAGGACUACACCAAGGUUGACCGUUCUGCUGCCUACGCUGCCCGCUGGGUGGCAAAGUCUCUGGUGAAGGCAGGACUGUGUAAACGGGUUCUGGUCCAGGUGUCCUAUGCCAUCGGAGUGGCCCAUCCUCUGUCCAUAUCAAUUUUCCACUAUGGCACCUCUCAGAGGAGUGAGAAGGAGCUGCUUGACAUUGUGAAGAAGAACUUCGACCUCCGCCCUGGGGUCAUUGUCAGAGAUCUGGACCUGAAGAAGCCAAUCUACCAACGCACCGCCGCCUAUGGCCACUUUGGCCGUGAGUCCUUCCCUUGGGAGGUGCCCAAAAAGCUUAAAUACUAAAUUUGUAACUCCCUCCACUCUUGGUCAGCAGGUGUACACUACAGAGAAACCUUGCUGUCUUGAGGAGAGGGAUGAAGUACCAAAACCCUUCACGCUCCAGUCCCCUGCCCUGUCACCCCUCUUAAACCCCUCUCCCCUACCCACUUUUCAGCUCCCAGCCCCAAAGGUAAACAGAUCUAUCCUUCCUCUCCCUCCUAUCCAACACACCUUUUUGCUGACCUUCAACCUUGUUCCUUUUUACUGUUUCUAGAAAGUUCUGUUGGAUGGCGGUCUGGAAAAUGUUUUUCCUUCAUGUGCAUCUUCCUCGGUGUCCUGUCUUGUCUUUUUUCUCUCCUCCCCUGCAUCCUGCUAAAUGAAUUAGUGAUGGCACAAAUUGAGGUCAAAGUUGAGAUUGCUAUGCAUUACUGAAUGAAGCACUAGCCCUUCAAACCUGCCCCCCCCCCCCCCACCUUAUUUUAGUCAAGAGUACCCAUGCUUUACCAUUUAUGCCAGGUUGACCGUUUUUAGAGAAGUAUUUCAAUCAUUAGAUCAAAACCUCUUGAAGGGUCAGACGAAUGUUUAAAAACCUGCCUUUGGUUGGAAAUGAAUUUGAUCAGUUAUAUUUAUAACCAAGCCAAUUUGGACUGGGGGAAAAUAUAUAUUUUUAUUAGACUGUGCAAAGGAAUUUAUUUUUCAGAUGUCUAUUGUCAUGGUUCCUGCAGGCCAUACAUUUGCUGACGUGUUACAGAGAAGUCAGAAGCUGCUACCAACCUGUGUGGUACUGAGGGAUCAUGACGCUAACCACUCCCCACCCACACCCCUUCUUGCUUUUUCAAUGAUUCCAGAUCAAACCUCAUGGUGGUAGCUCUGUUAGUUGUCGUUCUACUAGACCAGAGCGAAGGCACUGCACUUCCCCCUUUGUGUGUGGAUGACAGCAGGGCGUAGCUACAGAGAAGCCCUGCUCCCUCUCUGCCGCAGAGGGACAGCCUUCGCCACUUGAAUCGCUCCAUACUUGAAAAACUUGUAUUGCGUGGCUGCCUUCUCCGAGCCCUGGCGUCAAUACAGAAAAGCCAGGGGUCCUCGGGAGGGCCUCUCUUUAAAAGUUCCUUUUGUACACGUGUAAAGCUGAAUCUUUUUAAGGAAAACUAAUAAAGGAGUUUUUUUCCAUUUGCCUGAACACCAUUUUUGGUGUAUGUCCCAUGCACCUGCCUUUUGGCAUCCUCAUGGUGUCCUACAGAAAAGCUUUGGGGCGCUGCCACUAGGUGGUGCUGGAAGCUGUGACCAUUGUUACCUAUUUUAUUAUUUUUACCAGAAUGAUGGCAGAUAUGGUGAGACUGACCAUUCAUGCGCACACACUUAUGUUUGUUACCUGCACAGUGUCUGAGGCAGAAGCAACAGUUUGGCUGGUGUUGUACAGAGAAACCGGCCUUGUUUACCUGCUCUGCUUGGCGUCUGUGAAGGAACAGUCUUUUUAUUUAAUCCUUGUUUUUCGAUCAUCCAAGCUCUUAUUUAACUUCCUUAGAUGACAGAGUGGUGCAACAGGCUGGUUACUGAAAGAGUAAAAGUGCCUUUUUCUAUUAUUUUUCUCUUGCCCUUGCCCUCAACCCCUCCUGCUGAUCUCUGUCCACCAAAUUUCCCUCUGUGACAUGUACCAACUAAAAUCCCCCUCCUCCUUCCUUUACUGUUCCAUGUUGGUUCUGUCCCUCAUGUCAGUAAUUUGAAUAAAAACUCUGCCCUCAAGUCCCAA